AUGAAAUCUGGAUUAUGGGACAAUAUGAGAAAGAUGGUCACUCUCAUUGAUGAUCUAAGAGAUUGUGGUGUUUAAGAUUACAUUAAAUUGCCAAGAAUAUGUGUUGUGGGAAUGUAGAGUGCAGGAAAGAGUAGUUUAUUGGAAAAUAUUUGUGGAUUGGAUUUCUUACCUAGGGGUGAUGGUGUUGUAACUCGUAGACCGUUGAAAUUACGUCUUGUCCAUAUUCAAGAAAGAUUAUAACCUUGGGCAAUCUUCAAGGAAGUACCAGAAAAGAAGUUUACAGAUUUCACUAAAGUUCGUGAGGAAAUCGAUAGAUUAACUGAUGCUAAGGCUGGAUAGAAGAAGAACAUCUUACCUGAUCCUAUCGAAUUGACAAUUUGGUCACCUGAUUGUCCAGAUCUUACAAUUAUAGAUUUGCCAGGAAUUACUCUAAUCCCAUUGAGAGAUUCAGAUCAACCUGACAAUAUCGAAGAAAUUACAUUAAAUAUGUGUAAAAGAUAUUGCGAAGAUGAACGAACCAUCAUUCUAUGUGUAAUGCCUGCAAGUUAGGAUAUUACAACAUAGAGAUCUUUGAAAUUAGCUCGUCAACUUGAUCCAGAUGGCAUGAGAACUAUCGGUGUUCAGAUGCAUCCAAAGUUUUUGUUGAAUGAGGAAGUCAAAUUGAGAUUAGGAUAUAUUGGAGUCAAAAAUCGAAGCUAAUAAGAUAUCAUUAAUAAAGUUCCUGUCUAAAAAGCACUUCGUCAAGAAGAGGAUUACUUUGCUAAUGACCCUAGAUAUGCAGGAAUCCCUUAAGAUAUUUUAGGAACCAGAGCCUUAACUGAAAAAUUGACAACUGUCUUAUAUCAACACAUUAGAAAGUGUCUACCUGAUAUUAUUAAGGAAAUUGAUACUAAAGCUGAUGAAUGCGAAGAUAAACUCAAAUUGCUUGGUACCGAGUUACCAAGAGAUUAAAAAGACAAAGUCUAAUUAGUUUUUAAUUUACUUCAAGAUUAUACAGAUGGAUUUAAAAAUACGAUGGAUGGAAAAUAUGAUAAAAAUGAAGCUACAAUUACUGAUGAGGAAAAGAAAAUCGAACUCACAGGAGGAGCUAAAAUUAAACAAAUGUUUAAUGAACUCUAUCAAGAAUAUGCAGAUGAAAAAUAUCAUGUCACUGAUUGUUAUCUAGAUAAAGAUAUUGAAUUAGCUGAUCAAUUACAUCAAGGAGAUAGCAUUCCAGGGUUCCCAUCUUUUGAUAGUUUUCUCUAUUUAAUUGUGCCUUAAGUUCAAGCACUCAUCAGACCUGCUUAAGAUGUUCUAGAUCAGAUAUUCUAGUAUAUGGAUGAAAUCAGUUAAUAAAUCUUAAGAAAAGUAUUCACUAGAUUCCCUUCAGUCCUAGACGAAAUCUCAGAAAUGAGUCGUAAAGUCAUUGAGUCUCAAAGAGCCAAGGCUGAAUAAGUUGUGAUCAAUUAAAUUGAUGCAGAAAUGAAUUACAUUUAUACCAAUGAUGAGGAAUACUUAACAACCAAGGCAGAUCUUGUAUUUAAACAAAACACUAAGACUGUGGAUCCAAAGAAGAUCUUAGUCAGAGAACUCAGAAAUAGAGUUGAUCUUUAUUACAAAAUAUUAAUCAGAAAUCUAAGAGAUAGCAUUCCAAAAUAUAUUGGUUAUUACUUAGUCAAAUAAACUUUGGACAAAAUGCAAUUGGUUUUAUACGAUCAAAUGAAUAAGAGUGACAAUGUUUUCUAAAUGUUAGAAGAACCUGUCUACAUCCUCCAAGAAAGAUAACAACAACAAAAAACGUUGAAAGCAUUGAAAUAGGCAAAGAAAGUACUUAAAUAAGACCCAGAUCUUUCGAAGGGCCGUGGUUGAUUGAACAUAUUAUAACAUAUUAAAAUAAUAAGUUAACAUAUUAAAUAAGAUUUAAAAA